GCGGACAACAUACUUGUGAAGCGAAACACGACCCUGAUAGCUGUCACCGACUUCGGACUGGGGAAGUACCUCAACGUUGACAGUGAGAUGAAGGGGAUGAGUCCCACAGGGAGCCAGACGCAGUGGAGCCCCGAGAAGGCCACCAGCAUCGGCCACGGCUUUGCUGCGGACGUGUGGGCCGCCGUCUGCAUCCUCGUCCACAUGCUGAGUGGCCACCCUCCAUGGACACAGAGGUUUCCUGGAGCUCAGAUGCUGCAUUUUGUGAUCUUCAUGCAGUCGCCACCACUGGAUGACAUCCCUGCCAACGUCCAGGAAGUGGUACGGGAUCUCAUCACCCAGGGAUUCACAGUCGACCCCAAACUGAGACCCUCUGCAGCCAAGCUCCUGAAGCAUCCUGCUUUCAAGGUUCUAGAACAAGGAGCCCCAACCAGCUACUACUCCACCCUGAAGAGCACUGGGCAGCCUCUACCGGACAAUCAGCUGGGCCCCACCGAAGCAAGUGGACCUCAGGAACUGGAAGAGAUUCUGUCCCAGGUUGCUCCACAUGGCGCCAGGCAACCAUCACUGUCAGAGAGAAGACUGCCAUCUGUACAAUUCCGAGUCUCUGGUGAAGGAAGCAGUGGCUCAGAUCUAGCUUCAAGUUUAGCUAAGCACAGCGAGGGGUCACUGCCCUCUUCCAGCUCUCAGCCUCAAGAUGAAAAUGAUGGCCCAAGACCAGUUGCUCCCAUGGCAGGAGCUGCCUCUGUGGUUCCUAUUGCAGGAGUUGGUUCUACUGGCAGGCACUCUAUCAGUACAGCUGAAGCUCCUGGUGCCCAAGAACAUCAUUCUGAAGAAGGCAAUGAAGCAUCAUCAGAGGAACAUCCACAGGAGCUGCGUAAACUGCCGACGUUCCUUCGGAGUUCCUUAGAUGACAUCCCCGAUGGUGUGCCAGGAGACACAUGGUCAUUCUCCCAGUUAUCCUUUGAAGAUACAGACCAGCAUAUUCACAGCUUCCUGAGUGAUGUUGUUCCGGUAGUUGAGUUUCUGCCCUCUUCACAAGCACUGCCUGAAUACAGACCAGCUCAGAGGAUACCAUUAAGUUUGGAUAACAUGCCACACCUUUAG